UUUUGCGCACAGGGAAUCAGGAUCCACACACUGGGUAUGCAUCAGAACUAGACAAGCUGGAAGUGGAGUACCACUCUCUGUCGGUCUCAACUACCCUCUUCUAACAUUUGGAGCUCUGUUUUUUUCCCGAUUAUGUUGACAGUGCGUCGCUGCUUCGUUGUUUUUGUAAGUUUCACAAAACUGUCUCCCUUCCGGCACAUAACAUUUAUUUUCACAGUGGUUGUUGUUUACCCGUUUGUGUUUGGUUGAGUUUGAGCUCCGGUGCCCUUCCCGGGACAGAUGUUCUUCGCUACUGCCGCAUCAUUACGACCCGAGUCUGACUCACCAUCACAUGCUGCCCGGUGCAACUGAUCCACUGUUGUUGAUUUUUUUCGUAUUGUUUUUGUUUUGUUUUUUUGGUUUUGACUGGCGUGUUAACGCUCUGACUUGCGGCUGGUGCUGGGAACUCUGGAACACCUUGGCGCACGAAGGACGCCGAGCAUCUGAAUGUUUUCACGAAUGGGAAGGAUGGAGAUAACUUAUCUUUAAGUUUUAAUAUAGAUUUUUUUGAAACACUUGCCGUGUUGACUCGAAAUCUCACCCGCAUAAAUUUGGUGAGGCAAUGUACAGCUCGCAGUUAUCCAGCAUGGAAUUUGUAACUGGUUUUGGGCAAGUACUUUCGGACUAAAUUUGAGUGCGUGAUGCAGAUGAAGUGGAUCAUUUGGGUCGAACUCAAACUAUGUUUCUGUUAGAGCCUGAAGAGGAUUACCAUCUCGCCGAAGAAUAUCAAACGUUCUUUCUCAGCUCAGAAUUGUGAUAUAUUUCGCUUUCAAAGUAGACAGGUUUUACACAAGACUGCUCGCAACCUGCUUACGGAUAUUGGCUUUACGCACGCCUGCCAUCUUCUGCCACGCUUCGCUGUUUACUCCGCAACUCACAGUGUGUCAGGAGUGAAGGAUAGGGCAGCGCCGCGGGGCAUGAGGAGUGCCAGAUCCGGGGUGACUUCAGCAGUCAGGGGCAGACAUGGCCCUGUGAAUACAGCGCAGCGACAGCAUGCCCUCUUGGCCAAAUCACUCGGAGUGCCUCUCCCAUAACUGCAGCUGGGAAGAGACCCACAACACCACCAGUAACACUGACCCUUCCCUGCCUCCUCUCAAUUAUUAUUCCAUCCCUCUCCUCACGGCCAUCACCUCCGCCUGCACGUUUUUGUUUCUUGUAGGAGUGGCCGGGAACGUCAUGACCAUUUUGGUAGUCAGCAAGUACCGUGACAUGCGAACCACCACUAACUUGUACCUGUGCAGCAUGGCUGUAUCCGACCUGCUCAUCUUCCUUUGCAUGCCGCUGGAUCUUUACCGCAUGUGGAGAUACAGGCCCUGGCGCUUAGGCGACGCGCUCUGCAAGCUCUUUCAGUUCGUGUCCGAGUCGUGCACGUACUCCACCAUACUGAGCAUCACUGCGUUGUCAGUGGAACGCUACUUGGCUAUCUGUUUCCCGCUGCGCGCAAAGGCUCUGGUGACCAAAAGACGCGUGCGCGCCUUAAUUCUCCUCCUCUGGACGGUGUCCCUCUUGAGCGCCGGCCCCGUCUUCGUCAUGGUGGGAGUGGAGCGGGACAGCAUGGGACCUUCAAACCUCAGUUCGUGGAUGAACGAGACUGGCUUCUUUCAGGAGGUCGGGGACACCAGGGAGUGCAAGAUGACGCGCUACGCCGUGGAGUCAGGCCUGAUGGGGGCCAUGGUGUGGCUGAGCUCUGUUUUCUUCUUCAUGCCAGUGUUCUGCCUGACGGUGCUUUACAGCCUCAUAGGCCGCCGGCUGUGGCAGAGACACCGGGAGACGAACAUGAGCUCCCGCGUGGCCCACAGAGACAAGAGCAACAGACAGACCAUCAAGAUGCUGGUUGUGGUUGUGCUGGCCUUCGUCUUGUGCUGGCUGCCUUUCCACGUGGGUCGCUACCUGCAGUUCCGCUCUCUGGAUGCUCCGUCACCCCUGCUGUCGGUGUUGUCCGAGUACUGCAGCUUGGUGUCCGUGGUUCUCUUUUACCUGAGUGCCGCCAUCAACCCCAUCCUCUAUAACACCAUGUCCUGGAAAUACCGGGGCGCAGCGGCGCGCCUCUUCGGCCUGACUGACAACCAGCCGAUACGCUGCCGCACAGCCAGCACCGUGAAGGGAGACGUCUCGAACGGAUGGACAGAGUCUACAGUCAGCUUCUAAACGCUUGGCUCCUAAAACGCCUGAACAUAUGUUUGUAAAGCUAUUUGUCGUAUCUUGAAAAUGCUCACCUAAAAAGCCAUUAUUUAAAAACAACAACAACAACAAAACCCUGCCGUGAGCACCUGCCUUUUUGUGACUGAAACCCACAAAAAAAGAUGAAAAAAGCAUCACGAGCUCAACAUGAAUGAAUAACAGAACUUCUGUUAUUAUUAUUUUUGUAAAGUCAUUUUCUUGUUGGAUAAAUUCAGCAAGUGCCACACUCCUCAUACAACACAAUAAGCCACAUUUGAGACUGGUGGAGUGCAAAAUAGCCCGAAGUGCUUGUAUUGACUCGCGUGUGAACGACAGGGGCGCGUGCCAGUAUCCAUACACAUAUAUAAAAAUAUAUAUAUAUCACAGACAGCUACAAAUGC